UUAAAGUCGGUUUUUCGCAGGAUAAUGUUUAGGAGUGGCAACUGAUAAACUUUUCAAUUAUUUUCUCUCAAAAAUGAAUUUUAUCGUGUUUGGAAUACUUGUUUUAACUUUUCCAACAUUUUUAUCUUUCCGAUGGGCUAACAGAUGCACCAUUCAUCCGAAGGGAUUUAUUCCUGAUGGAGAACAUCGUGAAUACCAAGUUCCAGACAACUGUACAGAGGGUGCCAUCUACUGGAAAUAUCCAAAAGAGUACAUCAUUGUCAAUUUCACAUUAGAAAGCCCUGGUAACUUCUUGGUUUGCCUUAGAGAAAGCAUUGGAGGCAACAUGUUCAGCUUUUAUGAUAUCACAGGAGAAAUACGACUAAGCAUUCCAAAGGGCACAUGGCCAUGCAUAAACUCUCAGACUGGGAAUGCCUCUGUUGAGAUUCAUGCUCCAGAAAUGCUACCUUAUUUGGGAGCUAUUAAAUAUUCAAUUCAAUUCUAAAAUAUUUGCUUUAUAAAAAGAAA